CUCUCUCUCUCUUUCUCUCUCAGACUAACUCCUCACUGCUGGCGCUCAUGGGGAUCCGACUUGACGGCCUGAUUCCUGCGAUUGUUCUUCCCCUGCUCCUAACAAUGGUCCUGUUUCUGGGUCCACUCAUGCAGCUGGCCAUAGACUGUCCCUGGACCUUCAUAGAUGGGAUUCGAGUGGCUUUUGACCCUAGCUUCUGGAUGCUGUGCCUCGGUGACAUGCGCUGGUUGAGGAACCAGGUGGUGGCCCCGUUCACAGAGGAGCUGGUCUUCAGGGCUUGUAUGUUGCCCAUGCUGGUGCCCUGUGCUGGUCCUGCUGCUGCCAUAUUCACCUGCCCCCUGUUCUUUGGUGUAGCUCACUUCCACCACGUCAUAGAGCUGCUGAGGUUCAGGCAGGGGACGAUGUCGGGGAUCUUCAUCUCAGCAGUGUUCCAGUUCUCCUACACAGCUGUUUUUGGAGCCUACACCGCCUUCAUCUUCAUCAGAACAGGUCACCUGAUAGGUCCGGUUCUGUGUCACUCCUUCUGUAACUACAUGGGUUUCCCAGCCAUCAGCGCCGCUCUGGAACACCCGCAGCGCCUCACCGUUCUGUCGUCCUACCUUUUGGGGGUCUUCCUCUUCUUCCUGCUCCUCUUCCUUUUCACAGACCCCUCCUACUAUGGAAUGCCCACUCCCGUCUGCACCCUCACCUCCUCCCCAAGUUCCCUCUGCCUCUCUUGAUCCCAUCACCUCACACCUCCGGGGUUGGUUCUGUCGGGUUGUGUGUGUGUGUGUGUGUGUGGGGGGGGGAUUUAUGUUAGAAGGUCACACCUGAAUGAGAUUCCUGCUGAUCCAAGGAUGAGCCUAACUCCAGAGAUGUGGUGAGAGGUCCUGGUGCUGGUGGAGCCGUUGGUGGGCCGGUCCAGUGGUGUCCUGCAGCCAGUUUGAUUUCAUCAGAACUUCCGUGGACUGAACCCAGUUUUUCAGUGACCACGUCUGUCUUUAGUUUAUUUUAGUGGAACCGUUGUUUAGGUCCAACAAGCCCUAACGGCGUGACGCCCAUCAGCCCAACAGAAGACGCAGCCGUCUGUAGAAGUUUGGUAACGGCGUGUCAGAACCAGGAUCUGCAGAGGGCAUUCACCCUAAACGGGUCCUUCCAGAUGCUGCUGGACACUUAUCAGUGAAGCUCCUGCUGAUCAGGACACACCUGAUGGAAGGAAGUCCUCCAGCUGGAGCUCCAGAGUAGAUCUGACCUGUUGAGUUUCAGAUCCUCUGAUGAAGCUGAAGCUUCAGAGCUGGGCUGCUAAAGCCGGGUUUAUCUGGUCAGUGUGACAUCACUGGUGUUCUGCUGUGUAGAAGUGGGUUAGGGGUUUGGUCCCUAGUGCCCAGGAAGUUUCAAUGGAACCAGAACUUCCUUCUCUACUGGACCCAGCUCUGCUAGUCUUCUCCCUGCUGAGACCUUUCUGCUGUUCCAGCCCACAGGAACAGAAGAUGAUGAGCUGUUGCUAGACUGUCCUUCUAGGUGCACAUCAGUACUUGGUUCCAGACCAGAACCGUUCCUCGUGUAAAGAACUCGGGUUCUGUGUGAGAUUCUCAUCAGAGUUCCAGCGUUUAGCAGCAUGACGACCAAGCAAGAUGGUCUGGUGGAGUUCAUCCACGAGUCCUGACACGCACCAACUCAGAGGCUCGUCGUUCGUGUGGAAAUGUGAUCGUUUUGAGAAAAAUCUUGACUUUUAUUUUUCCAGUUUAGGUUUGACACCGCGUCACCUGUCUGGUGUUCCGCUCGUCUAAACUCCUCUACGGUCCCGAGAGCUGGACCAGGUCCUGAAGUGCGCUCUGGGGUUAAAUGGACUUGAAUAGCUUAAGAAAAAUUAGCAGGAAGGAUUUUCUCAACAAGUCAUCUGUCGAUGUAAGCACACCCCCAGAUGAACUUUGACCCUCUUCCUGGUUGGUGCGUGUUCAUGAGGACUCCUGCACAGGCCCAGGAUCAGGUCUGAUCCUGAGACUGACAUGGCUGCAGCAAGAGGAACCUGUAGUGUCUGAUAAACUCUGGCUGGACUGUUCGACGUCCCUCUGUCUGAUUGGGUGGACCGUGCGCUACCAGAAGCUGCCAGCAGGGGGUGCUGAGGACCUCUCCACACAUCACAUGGAGCUCCUCCCGCCUCUUUGGGACGGCCUGGUUCUGUCCCAGGCUGAUGGUUGAACCAUCCGGUAACUGGUUGGCUCCGGGUUUAUCGGUUCCGGUCUUCACCUGAGUCAACUUGUGGAGGCUGGUUGACCUUUGACCUUGUGGUUCAGUCAUGGACAUAAAGUUGUUAAGCCAGGGCUCUGGGCCGUCAGCAGAACCAGCAUCUCUCCCUGAAAGCGUUUCUCCUCAUCCCUGUGAUGGACUAGACCCAGUGGGUAGAGUAAAGCACCCCCCCCCCCCCCCCACACGCACACACGUUAGAGUGAUUUAGUUCAUGUUCUGAAGGUUGUUUGAUGAAAGCUUGAUUCUAAGAAGUUCUGUUUGCUGACUGUAGUUUGUGCUUCUUCCGGUUUGGUUUUGAUGAUCCUGAUCGGAACCUCCAGCCAUCUGGAAGAGGAGAUGUUUGUGUGUUUAGUUCUGGUGCCAUCGUGGUCGCUAACACCCCCCCCCCCCCCACUUCCCCCACCCCCCGUGCGCGUUUGUCCAUUCAGUCCUGCUGCUGUCUUCGUUUCUCCACCUCCAGCAUCUUCUUUGCCCUGGUUCUACGCCGGCGGCAGCUUCACAGUAGCGGCGUUUGGCGUUUUGCAUCCUGAGCUUCACCUGACCGCAGAGAUACUUUAUAAGCCACUUUCUAAAAUCAUCAGCCGACAGUCUGCGCAUUAGCUGCUGAAGAUGCAGAAGCUGCUAACGAGUCAGUGACACGCAGAAACCGAUGUCUACGCAAACAGCAGAGUCUAUUUUUGGGCAUCAGUAUUUUAACACACAUGAGACUUUCACACGUUCACCUUCAGGACAGACGUGGUUCCUCUGAUGUUUAUAUCAAGCACUAUAUUUUUUAAUGAGAUCUAUUUUGGUGACAGUGUGUACAGGUGUGUGUGUGUGUGUGUGUGUGUGUGUUUUAGGCUUGUGUUCUACUUGUGUAACUUUAAUUAGAGACUGCUGAACAGAUUUGACAAUCUUUUGUAGAGCAUCUGAAAUCACUGCUGAAUAUCUAUUUGUAAAUAAAGAACGUAAUUUUAUA